CAACUAGUUAGUGAGGGAGAGCUGAGCCAUGAACCCGGACCUGAGCAGGGAGCGGGCUACCGCCUCAUUCAACCCCGAGACCAUCACUUAUAUCCUGGAUGGCAGCCCUGAGAAGACCAAGAGGAGGCGGGAGAUCGAGAACUUGGUGCUCAGUGACCCAUUUUUCCAGCAUGAGGAUCCUAACUUCCUGUCCCGCAGUGAACGAUAUGAAUUGGCCAUCAAAAAGAGCGCUUAUAUGGUCGGGAAAAUGAGGGAACAUGGCAUAGCUGAUCCUGAGGAAAUCUACUGGUUUAAGAGCUUUGUACACCGAGAUCGUCCUGGCCCCCUUGAUCUGCACCUUGGCAUGUUCUUACCCACCCUACUGAAUCAGGCCACACCUGAGCAGCAGGAGCGCCUCUUCAUGCCCGCCUGGAACCUAGAGAUCAUCGGGACGUACGCUCAGACUGAGAUGGGACAUGGGACUCACUUGCGAGGUUUGGAGACCACAGCCACAUAUGACCCAUCCACCCAGGAGUUCAUACUUAACAGCCCAACUGUGUCCUCCAUCAAGUGGUGGCCCGGAGGAUUGGGUAAGACGUCCAAUCAUGCAGUAGUUCUUGCACAGUUGUAUACCCAGGGAGAGUGCAAGGGUCUUCAUGCCUUCAUAGUGCCAAUACGAAAGCUGGGUACACAUGAACCUGUGCCUGGAGUAGAGGUUGGUGACAUUGGUCCCAAAUUUGGGUUUGAUGAAAUAGACAACGGGUUCCUGAAAUUCGACAAGGUCCGAAUCCCAAGGGACUGCAUGCUGAUGAAAUAUGCUCAGGUGCAACCAGAUGGAACAUACAUAAAGCCUGUCAGUGACAAGUUGACAUACGGCACCAUGGUGUUCAUACGUUCAAUGAUUGUAGGGGAUUCUGCCCGCAGCCUUUCUCGUGCCAGUACCAUUGCCAUCCGAUAUAGUGCUGUGAGGCAUCAGUCUGAGAUCAGAGUUGGCGAACCAGAACCACAAAUCAUGGACUUCCAAACCCAGCAGUACAAGCUCUUCCCGCUGCUGGCCACAGCUUACGCUUUUCAUUUUGUGGGGUCUUACAUGAGCGAGACGUAUCACAGGAUCACGGGGGACAUUCAGCAGGGUAACUUGAGUGAGUUGCCUGAGCUCCAUGCCCUCUCAGCCGGUCUAAAAGCCUUCACCACAUGGGUUGCAACUGCUGGUAUUGAGGAGUGCAGGAUGGCAUGUGGAGGGCAUGGAUACUCUCGCUGCAGUGGGAUCCCUGAUAUUUAUGUGACAUUCACUCCAUCCUGUACUUAUGAGGGAGAGAACACUGUAAUGAUGCUACAGACAGCUAGAUUCUUGGUGAAGAGUUAUACUGCAGCUCUCUCGGGUGAGCGGCUUAGUGGGAUGGUAUCCUACCUCAAUGACGUGUCCCAGCAACGUGUGCAACCUCAACCAUUAGCUAGCCGGUCAUCAGUUACCAACAUCAAUGACUUGUCCAGCCUGGUGGAGGCCUACAAACAGAGGGCAGCCUGGCUUGUUGUUGAAGCAGCUAAGAGUUUUCAAACUAAUGUGAAUCGUGGAAAACGCAAAGAAGAUGCAUGGAACAAGAAUUCGGUGGAUUUAGUGCGAGCAUCUGAGGCCCACUGUCAUUACGUAGUAGUGAGGCUUUUCACAGCCAAACUGUCUGAAAUCCUUGAUGGAGCUGCACAUCGCAUCCUGAGCUCUCUCUGCCUCCUCUACGCACUGCAUGGGAUUACCAGGAAUACAGGAGACUUCCUUCAGACUGGGCUCCUAAGCACUUCACAGAUAGACCAGGUUCAGCAGCGUGUGAAGGACUUGCUGGCGGUGAUCAGACCUAAUGCUGUGGCUCUGGUAGAUGCAUUUGAUCAUUCAGACACCCAGCUGGGCUCUGUGUUGGGGAGGUACGAUGGGAAUGUUUACGAGAACAUGUUUGAGUGGGCCAAGAAAUCCCCUCUAAAUAAGACUGAGGUGCAUGAAUCCUUCUACAAGUACUUGAAACCUCUUCAGUCCAAGCUCUGAUCUACUUUCAAAGUAUUCUGGACCAGCAGCUCUCUUCUUUUAGAAAUUAAAAAAUAAGUUGUUAUUUUUAAUAAUGAAAUGGAGUUCUCCAUCUAAUUGUCCUUAAAUCUCCUUAAUUAAGGGAAAGUCAGACCCACAAGACGUCUGUGUGCUUGGCUAAACCGUCUCAUUGACACUAAGAGAAUAUUUUCUUUUGUGUAAUAGCUGUCUAACAUGAAUCCUAAUGAAUCUAUUGUUUCCACAUGUUUAUAACCAACUUCUGGGGAACUACAUUACACUUCAAGCACUACUGGAAGCAGAGAACUGGCUGCAUGAAACUUGUUCGAGCAGCUGUAGAUAACUAUAUGAAAUCAGCAGGUGCUGCUAACUCUGGCUUAAUGGUUAAAAAAACGUCAUGAAUGGAGCACUGAAGGACGCAUAGUCUCUUUGGCCUUGAAGAAGUUAAUUUAAAGAAACCAUCUAGUCUGGUUUGACGCAUUGGCACUCAGAUUUGUUCUUUUUAUGAACUGUAAUUUAGAAUCUUGACUCAUGUAAAUAUAAAAUAUCAGAAUACUACAAGAUUUGCACAACCUGUAAUUAGAAUUGUUUUCUAGUAAUUACAAAGUGAUGGUUAACCUAUGAUACUAGAAACUGGAACAAGCGCUUAACCAUGCAAUAAUAAUGUCAGACUUAUAAUACAGCUCUGUAUUUUCUA